AUGCCAAACUUGAUCGUAGUGCCUCAAUUUUCAGUUUGGAUCAUAGAGCAUAAUGACCAACUUGAAGGCACAGAUGAUGGUGAUGAUCCUGAAGAGGUAGAAGACUUGGAAAAGACAGCACAAGGAGAGCAUACAGUUGCAGAAGGCAUGCAAGUACUCGAUAACAACAUCAAUGAUGAGGACCAUGAACCUGAGGUUGGAGAGGGGGAUAUCUCUUUCAGAUCAACUCUCCUCAAAAAAGAUGCUAGGAGUGUUUUGAUGGAUUUUACCAUUGUCCAUCUCACAGCUGUGUCUCAACCAGAGGAGAAGUACAUAUCGCUAUGGAGGGUGACUAAUAACUGCAGCAAAUGCUUGCCUUCUUGUGGAAGUGAAAAGGUUUGUGAGCAGGAGUCUGAAAGAUGA